AUGCCGCAGGAAGAAGAGCAACGGCGCAGUGACUCGCUGGACGAGGCUUCAGAACUUGCGUCCUUACUACCAGACUCUCCGCAACACCGACGCCACGGAGACAGCCUCUCCAUAUCCUCAAUAGCGUCUUCCAUAUCUAGCUUCGGCAUAUCUUCACCUCGCAACAUCACCACGGCCAGAAAUACCACUACCGUUCUCUACUUCAUCACAUUCACCGUCUCGUUCUCAGGCGGCUUCAUCGAGCUGCCCUUCACGCGCCUGGUCGAGGACAUCCUCUGCCACAAGUACUACGAUGUGCAGAGCUUGGCCAAGCCCAUCGACGAAAGUCUUUGCAAGGAGGACUCGAUCCAAAAGGAGCUCGUGUACCUCCUGGCCGUGCAGUCCACUUUGUGGUCCAUCGUCGCGUUUGCCGCCGCUUUCCCUUGGGGACUGGCGGCUGAUAAACUUGGCAGAAAACCUGUCGUUGCGGUCGCCAUAAUGGGAUUGCUAGUCGGGUGCUUGAUGGAAUUGGCAGUAGUGUAUUGGAGUGAUGUGUUCCCAAUCACCGCGAUUUGGGCUUCGUCCGCCGGCGUGCUCCUCGGCGGCGGUAAUGGCGUGCUAAUAGCCGUGGUAUUAAGCAUGGUCGCAGACGCGACAAGCGAGGAGGAUAGGGCCAUUGCAUUUCUACGCACACACGUCGCAAGUCUCUGCGGAAGUCUGUUGUCGCCGUCCUUCGCGGGACUAGUGAUGGAAAAAGCCGGCCUCUGGGUUUCUCCCCCCGUUGGCAUAGGCUUUUUCUCCCUCGGCGGGCUUGCGCUCUUCGUUCUCCCCGAGACUCGGCCGUCCAAGGACGUUUCACAAAGAUUUGAGAGGCCCGACGUCCUUAGCUCUGAAUCGACGAUAUCGCGCGUCUUUGGCCAGUUCGUAGAUUCAUUAAGUAUUCUCAAGUCGCCGUCCCUUAUCCUCCUCUUCUUGACUGCCCUGUGCUCGAUGCCGGUCAUGGACUCGACGCUGCAGUUCUUGAACCAGUUUGUUUCGAAACGCUACGAGAUCAAGAUUGCGCAGACUGGAUAUGUGCAGAGCACCUAUGGUGUUGCUAGCAUCGUCAUGACCUUGAUUAUUUUACCUUGGAUCUCAAAAGUGCUUAUUCAUCCCGCUACACCGGCUAGGUACAGGGCUAAGAACGAACACUAUCGCGACCUAUCUUUGGCGCGUUGGUCUUACGCGGUCUCCUUCUUGGGUGCCCUCACGCUUGGUGUGUCGCCAACACUGGGCGGCUUCAUCUUCGGCCUUCUCUUGAUGGCCAUUGGAUCCGGCUUUGCCAGUCUCUCGAAGAGUCUGAUGAGUAUAUACGUAGAUCCUGAGCACCGAUCCCGGCUCUUCUGCCUCGUCAACAUGGUUGAGGUCCUCGGCAGUAUUUUCUCUCAACCUAUGCUUGCCGGGCUCUUCUCUUUGGGACUGAGAUGGCACGGGGUGUGGAUUGGCCUCCCUUACCUCGGACUGGCGGCCCUGAUCGCGGUUUCAGGCUCUUUGCUUCUGUUUGUCAGGAUACCUCGGAAUAGCAGUGCUGCGUCGGCUUCGAGACAUACUGAGUAUGCAUGA